CAGGCAGCAAUAGCCGCGCCGGCUCGGCUCGGCUCUGCGGGGCGGGGGCACCACUUCUCUGAGUCUCCCCACCACAUCGUUAUGGACCUAUUCGACUUUUUCAGGGACUGGGACUUAGAGCAGCAGUGUCACUAUGAGCAAGACCGGAGUGCACUUAAGCGGAAGGAAUGGGAGAGAAGAAACCAGGAAGUCCAGCAAGAUGAAGAUCUCUUUGCUUCAGGUUUUAACCUCUUCGGGGAACCCUAUAAGACAAAUAAAGGCGAUGCCCUUGCAAACCGUGUCCAGAACACAUUGGGAAAUUAUGAUGAGAUGAAGGAUUUGUUAACCAACCACUCCAACCAGAGCCACCUUGUAGGAAUCCCAAAGAAUUCUGUCCCACAGACACCCAUUGACAAAAAUGAACAGAACUUUUUCCCAGAACCGAGGAACCGGAUGAUUCCGUCUCAUCAGAUCAGCGGCAACUCAUCAACAUCAAUGCCUCCGCCUUCUUCAUUGUCAUCUAAUUCUACUUUGCUACACAGCCACCAGAGCAGCAGGAAGUCAAGGACAGACUGGUCACGCAGUGGUCACAACUCCAGUGGGGCUCAGCCGAACCAAUCCAGUGGUCAGCAGAGCCGGACAAAGCACAGCUCUUCUCAUGACCAGUCACAGGGCAGGUAUGAAGAUCUCUAUAAUUUCCAGAGUGAGCAGCAUAAAAGUGGGGGAACUGAGGAAGCAAAUGCUAUGGCAACAUCUUCACAUUCGAGGAGGCACACUCAUGCAAAGUCAGCACCUGGAGAACACACUUACAAAGAAAACAGUCAUUCAAAGUCACCCACAGAGCUUGAGUUUGUAGGCCAUGGUUCUGGAUCUCCACUUCCUUCCACUUCUUUGUUAACUGCAAACAAUGGUCUUUCAACUCAGAAUUUCCCACCAGGACUUCACUGUAAAAACAGCAUGGUCCAGCAAAAGCCUACAGCUUAUGUCAGGCCUAUGGAUGGCCAGGACCAGGUACCCAAUGACUCACCUGAACUGAAACCCCCAGUAGAAAUUGAGAGUGGAUAUGGAAAUCAGGCCUUUGGAACACUGCUGGAAGGAAAAGUGAACACUCCUAGUUCAAAGAACAAAGUACCAAAGCUCAACAUUCCUCCUGUUAGUGAAGUUGCCCUUCCCAAUGACUCCAGCUGUGUGGAAGAAAUACUUCGGGAGAUGACCCAUUCCUGGCCUCCUCCUCUUACUGCUAUUCACACUCCUGGCAAGGCUGAGCAGACCAAGUUUUCUAUCCCAAGCAAGGACUCCCAGCAUCUGACCUCAGGAUACAAUGUACAAAAGUGGAGUGAUCCAGCAGGGAAAGUUGCAACUAAGUCAGUUCCACAAAAGUCGAUGCUUGAGGAUGAUCUAAAACUCAGCAGUGAUGAAGAUGACAAUGAACAGGCUGCCGAAAAGACAAAAUUGAGAAACAUUCCUGUAAACAGCCUGCCAGUGCCAGUGGCACACGCCACUGGCUUGACCCAUUCCAGUGGCGGCUCCGACAGCUCCAGUGAGUCUGAGAGCAGCUCCGAGUCCGACUCAGACAGUGAGAGCAGCUCCAGCGACAGCGAGUGCAACGAGGAGUCCCGCAGUGCCACACCAGAGCCCGAGCCCCCCUCAACAAACAAAUGGCAGCUGGAUAAAUGGCUAAAUAAGGUGAACCCCCACAAGACCAUCAUCAACAAUCAAAAUGAGCCUCACAGUGAGAGCAGCUCCCAGGCCCAGAGCAGCCAGCAGGCCGAAGGGCCAAACAAAGGGAAGCUCAACAGCAGCCUGCCCCCAAAUGAUUCCAAAGACCGGGCAAUCCUUAGUCCCAUCCGAGAGAAAGCCAAACCACGGGUUGCCCAGAAAACCCCAGAGGCAAAAGUCUCCAAGCAGAAGUCACCAGCUCAUAAUGAGCCAGCUUCACAAAGGACUACUGGGAAAAAGCAACCCAAAAAGGUAGAAAGGACUUCCAGUGUAGAAGAGUAUAACUGGCCAAAACCAAAUAAUACCAGCAACACUCCCAAAGAAAAAGAUACACAGGAACCCCCCGAGCAGCCAAAGGUUCGAACUAAAGCAGCAGUUGGGAAGACAGCUCCAAGGAAAGAACCACGAACUAGCACAGGUCUCACUUCAGAGAAGAAAAAGUACAGAGGCCCUAGCAAAAUUAUCCCAAAGUCCCGGGAGUUCAUUGAAACUGAUUCAUCUACUUCUGACUCAAACACAGACCAGGAGGAGAGCUUGCAGGCGAAGGUGCUGCCAGCCUGCACUGGGUCUGGCAGUGGUGUCAAGGUGAAGGACUCUGGCAGUAACAUCCUCAGCGUAAGUAGCUUAACCAGCAAUGGCAGCAACACAUCCAUUGACCAGACCAGCAAUGACCUGGAGGAGCAGCUCUUUUCUCCUAUCCCAAUCGUACAAAAUGAACUUCUAUCCCCACUGAGAGAAUAUGAAGAACUCAAAUCUCUGUGGGUGAAAAUAGACCUUAGUUUACUCUCUAGGAUACCUGGACAGGAAACUUUUGAGACCACGUCUGUGAAAAGUGAACCAAGAGAGGCAAAUGUGAAACACAGGCGACCAUCUCGAGAAUCCCCUACCCCAGCAGCUGAAAAACCCUCCACAAAAUCCAAAAGGAAACACAAGCAGAUAGAAAGCCUGGAUACUUUCGUUGAAAGCAAGAAGCAGCGCCUGGAGGACCCUCCAGCCUCCUGUCUGCUCCCACCUUGUAUCUCUCCAAUACCGAACCACAGAAUAACCAGCACUAAAGAGGGCAGCAGUAGCUCAGUGAAGAAGGCGACAAAGAAAAGAGAAGAGAAGCUGUUCCCUCCUCCCUUGUCCCCGCUCUUGGACGACCCAGUGCACCGGCGGCACAGCAGUGACAACAGCUCCUUCAGCCAGGAACCCACUGUCACGAGCACCUCACAGACCAGCAGCUCUUCCUCCUCUGUUUCUAAACACAGAAAGAAUGAAAAUAAAUCUUCUUCUAACCCCAAAGCAAUUUGUGAAGAAGAAUGUCACACUACACCCACAGCCAACACUCUUCUUGACACCAGCCAUCUAGAACCAGACGUCUGGUCUGCAAUGCCAAGGCUUUCCAAUGGGAAUUCUGAGCCCAGAAGACCCAAAAUAACAUUUGAUGAUGUGCUUCACAAUGCAGACUAUUACAUGCAAGAGGCUAAGAAGCUGAAGCAUAAAGCAGAUGCACUGCUGGAGAAGUUCGGUAAAGCAGUGAAUUAUGCUGAUGCUGCCCUCUCUUUCAUCGAGUGCGGGAACGCUAUGGAGCGAGAUCCAUUAGAAGCUAAAUCGCCAUAUACCAUGUACUCAGAGACUGUGGAACUCAUCAGGUAUGCAAUGAGACUCAAGAAUUUCACAGGCUCUUCUGCCACAGAAGGAGACAAGAAAUUAGCAGUUUUAUGCUACCGAUGCUUAUCACUUCUCUACUUAAGAAUGUUUAAACUAAAGAAGGACCAUGCUAUGAAGUACUCCAGAUCUCUGAUGGAAUAUUUUAAGGGUUUUACAAGGUGCUACACAGACGUGAAAGGCAGAAUGAGUAAGCAGAACUCUUCAAAAGCCUCACAGGCCCCCUCGCCUUGGGGCAGCAAUGGAAAGAGCACAGGAACCCCCUCACCCAUGUCCCUGAGCCCAUCCCCCAUCAGCUCUGCUGGAAGCAGCACGGGCACCGCCGGCUCAUCCUCGGUGGGGACCAUCACCAUCCCCCAGCGCAUCCACCACAUGGCUGCCAGCCACGUCAACAUCACCAACAAUGUCCUGCGCAGCUACGAGCACUGGGACAUGGCUGACAAGCUGACCAAGGAGAACAAAGAGUUCUUUCUAGACCUGGACUCAGUGAUGGGACCCUUAACACAACACAGCAGUAUGACCAAUCUGGUUCGUUACAUUCGCCAGGGUCUGCACUGGCUCCGCAUUGAGGCUCAUUUGUUGUAGUGACUGCUGCCCUGUUUAUGACAUCUCCAUUCUUCUACCUCUACCAGCGCAGAGACGAUCACUGGUGGAACUCCACUCAUUUUUGGAAGUUUAUUCAUGUAACUUCAUUUUUAUUGCCUUUUUUAAUACCCUAUCUACUGGAAGUAGAAGUCACCAUAAAUGAAAGUUAUGACUCAAGAGCAGUAUGUGUUGUACCAUCUAAUCCUUUUUGACAAUUUUCUAUGCCUUGUGUCUCCUGGAUCCUGCCAUCCUUGUGUGCUUUAUGGAACGGUACAUUCCCUGCAGUAUUGUUUUAAGUCCAUGCUGCCUUCAAGUAAAAACAAGAAAAGCACUUUGAGAAGAUACGGAUUCCUGAGAAAUAGUACAAAGCAUCUGAAAUAUUUGAGGGUAUAUAUGAGAAGUCCCUUCUGAAAUAAAUUAGUAGAAGUUAUAGCUAUUCAUUCAAAAUCAUCUUCUGAACCUGAUCCAAGCUUUUCGACGCUUAAUUCUGGUGUCAUUACCUGACUCAGUACAUUCCUAAAAUUUCUUACUUCCUAUAGGUUUAAUCUCUAAAAGCAAACGUUGAAUAUCUUACAGGUACAUAAUGUAAGAUCACCAAAGGUGUUAAGAGGUAAAACUUUGAAAGAAGGCCUCAUUAAAGAAUGAUGACACACUAUGCAAUGAGGUUUUGAUAUUCCAUUCUACCUGUUUAUUGUUGGCUUAAUAAUUUCAGUAGGCAGCAGAAUUUAUUGAAGUUUUUAGGCAGUUUCAAAAUACUAGCUUUCUUAGUCUUAUCUACCAUUCCUGAAUUUUGUUUCUGUUUUACUGUUUAGUCUCAAACAAAUACUUAUCCAGGAUUUUUCUUCAUAGAACAAUCUCUCCUUGCAUAGUGACUCACUGAAAGCAGAUUUUAACAGGACUGCUGCACUCUAAGCCUUGAUAUUGUAUGUAGAAGUCCAUUAAUAAGUGUAUGCAGAUUCUUCAUGAAUUAUCUAGAAGUUUAACUAACUAGCCACUGUUGAAACAUUAUAAGUCCAUGUGGCAUCAAUUUUCACCUGUUUUGUUCAUUUCAGAGCAUUAGAAACGAACAGUAUUAUCUUGCUAUCUUGAAAACAAUGUCAAAUUAAAUAAAAUCACCAGAUUUACCCAGAAGCAAUAUAACAUUUGUUUAAUAAUGGCCAUGAAUACUUCAGUCAGAUUACCUUUUUUCCAAGCUCUGCAUCUGUUUACCCAUGCUGUCAUGUUUUGGACCAUUCCUCUAAUGUGGGAAUAAUUAUGAGACAAUUCAGAUAGAAUUUCAAAGCAAUUGUGAAUAAAUUGCACCAUUUCACAUUUGCUCUUUCCUCCUAUUUUUUUUCCCUGUUAUAAACUGCACUGCUCUUCUGGUGCCACUGCAAGAAGCACUGGUGGAUGAAACAAAACAAAAUUAAUUUAUAUCAAUAAUUCACAAAACUUUAAAUGGUCUCAUCUCAUUCUUGUUAUAAUGCCUGCAUACCUUACUGAACUGUAAAUUUCAUUUCUAUAAACAGAAAAUGCUCAUAGCAAUGUAAA